GAAGUAUGUACGCGCGACGUGCACGCGCACGUGCUCGCACUCCCGUAUUGUAUGUGUCAAAGGUCAUUGUAUCAUCAUGGCGGGGCUUGCUCCUGGGACGACGGCAAAGAAUAUCUCCAAGACCAAGCUUCAGGCCUUCAGCAUUGGUCAGAUGAACCUGACCAAAAAGAAGUCCAAAAGAAUCGAAGAUGAACUGAAGAAAAAGGAACAAGAGAAAGAAACUGCCAAAAUUUUUGAGGAGUUUGUUGCUUCAUUUGAAGGAACGCCAUCAACAUCCAAGGCUUUCGUCAGAGGAAAUACAAUUGACCCAGAAACGAGAGUUGAAAGGUCUGAUGGUAAGACUGGUAAGCUCUACAAACCCACUUCAAAGAUUGCUGAAUCUGUGUACGCUAAACAACAGAGGGCAAUAGAGGAAGCACAGAGAGCGAGAGCAGAAAGUCAUGCAAUAUCUCAGAAAGCUAAGUUGAAAAAAGAGAAGGAAAGAGAAAAACAGAAGAAGAGUAACUUGGAAUUGUUCAAAGAAGAAUUGAGAGUGCUUCAGUUAGAGAGAGAGGAGCGGCAUAAACAGAGAAAAGCGAGAGGAAGCGACACUGAUUAUGAUGAGCCUAUUCUGCCUACACCUCAACCCACCUCCGUUGGAUCAGCAUCUGAUAUCAGAUUACCAGCAGGCAUUGAGGAAUACAGUUAUGGGUCACAUGACUAUGGGGAUCCAAACACGACCAAUAUCUUCCUGGGAAGCAUUAAUCCAAAGAUGAAUGAGGAGAUGCUGUGUAAGGAGUUUGUUCAGUACGGUCCUCUGGCCAGCGUCAAGAUCAUGUGGCCGAGGACCGACGCAGAGAGACAAAGGAAUAGGAACUGUGGCUUUGUGGCCUUCAUGAACCGCCGGGAUGCUGAGCGGGCCAUGAGAGCAUUGAAUGGCAAAGAAAUCAUGAACUAUGAGAUGAAGCUAGGCUGGGGCAAGGCAGUGGUCCUCCCUCCCCACCCAGUCUACAUCCCGGAAGCCAUGAUAGAGCUCACCAUGCCCCCUCCCCCGUCCGGCCUACCCUUCAACUCCCAACUCAAGAAGAGCUCCAAGAGAGAUAUACCCAACCUGCCUCCCCCGGGAAUCCAACUCACCAUGGAGGAAGAGGGGGAACUAGAAGAGACCUUAAAAGAAGCAGUUGUAAAAGUGGUUAUCCCGACCGAAAGACCCCUCCUUCAAGUCAUCCAUCGAAUGAUCGAGUUUGUCGUCAACGAGGGUCCCAUGUUUGAGGCUAUGGUCAUGAACAGAGAGAUCAACAAUCCUAUGUUCAGAUUUCUGUUUGACAACCAGACACCAGCUCAUGUUUACUACAGGUGGAAACUCUUCUCCAUUCUCCAGGGGGAUUCCAUAACCAAGUGGUCAACUGAUGAGUUCAGCAUGUUCAAGGACGGUUCUGUGUGGAGACCACCCCCUAUCAAUCCAUACCAGCAAGGUAUGCCAGAUGCAUUGGCUCCAAAACACGCCAUCACCAAAGCUCUUCAGCCAGAACCAGAACAACUACCAAAGAAGAAGAUUCUCACAAAUCAUCAAAGAGAUAAGCUUGAGGACAUGUUAAGAGCAAUCACCAUGGAUAGAUAUAAGAUAGGAGAAGCUAUGAUGUACUGCCUAGACCAUGCUGAAUCAGCAGAGGAGAUAGUGGAAUGCAUCGCAGAAUCUUUGGCCCUCCCGGAAACACCACUCCCAAAAAAGAUGGGCCGACUGUUCCUCGUCUCAGAUAUUCUCUUCAACUCCAGCUCCAAGGUAUCCAACGCAUCCUUCUUCCGUAAGUUCUUUGAGAAUCACCUCCCCGUCAUCAUGCAAGACGUUAGAGAGACAUACAGCGGCAUUCAACAAAGACUCAAGGCUGAGCAGUUCAAGCAAAGGGUGAUGGCUUGCUUCAGGAGUUGGGAAGACUGGGCAGUGUAUCCCAACGAGUUCCUGGUCCGUCUUCAGAACAUCUUUCUUGGGUUCCUAGACCAUGACACUGUUAAAGAAGAGUUCCAAAUAAAAGACCCAGAGGCCCUUGCCCAACCUGAGGUUGAUCUGGAUGGUGUACCUGUGGAUGAAGUUAAAAAGGAGAAGGUCGAUGCUGUCGACUUUGAUGGUGUCCCGAUGGAGGACGAAUUGGACCUUGAUGGUGCCCCAUUACUCGUCGAGGCUGCUGAAGAACUUGAUGGUGCCCCUAUUGAUGGAGACCCCAUUGACGGUGCUCCAAUGCAGGAUGACCAUGAUGACCAGCAGUCAUUCACAAGCAGCGGUGGACUGAAAUUAGAUGACAAAGAAUUUAAGGUUGCACCUUCCAAAUGGGAAACAGUUGAUUCCUCUCUGCUGGAAGCUCAAGCCAUGACCACAUCAAAAUGGGAAACACUGGCAGAAGAUGAAGAAGAAGAACAAGAGCAGGAAGAACAGAAUGAAGAAGAUGAGCUGGAAGACAGAGAGGAGAAUGAUGAAGAUGGAGAGGACAAUGUACAAUCUUUGGCCACAGACUUCUACAAGUCAAAUGAAAUGGUCAAAAUGAAGAGAGCAAAACUCAGGGAAAUAGAGUUGAAGGUGAUGAAGUUCCAAGAUGAUGUUGAGUCAGGUAGGAGGAGCAGGAAGAAGGAUAUGACUAUGCUGGAGCAGGUGGAGAGGUAUAGACACAAACUCAUGCAGAAGGAGAAAGACAAGGAAGCUGAGAGGCAGAGAUCCAAGAACAAGGACAGGGAAAGAGAUCGACUCAAGGAGUUUGAAAGAGCCCGUGAAAAGGAGCGUGAGAGAUUCUCCAAGGAGCUUGAUGGAAGCUCCGGAGAGGAAGAAGUGAUGCCUGUCGUCUCAUCCUCCAGACGAGAUCGUGAUCGAAAACGCCGCAGGUCACGAAGCAGGUCAAGCAGUCCAGGGAAACAGAACUUCUCGCGGUCCCCGUCGAGUAGGCGUAGCAACAGCCGUAAAGUUUCACCAGAUUCCCUCUCGGUUCUACGAGAAUACUCUGACUCUCCAUCAAGUCGUUCACAUCGUUCAGGGUCCCGCUCUCCUCCCGUAAGAUUGACGCCUAGCCACAGAACAAGGUCACCUAAGAAAUCCCGCAGGUCCCGGUCUCGAUCAAGGUCACCAAGAAGGAGAAGGUCACCUUCACCAAGUAGUAGAAAAUCACAGAGGUCAAGGUCAAGGUCACCGCAUAGGAGGUCAAGUUCUCACAAAAAGAAAAGCAAGCACUGACACUGAGAGCAAGAGAAAGAGAUGCUCCAGGCAUUCCUUUGUCUGAUUAUGUUGUGCAGGAAUCCUCUUAUGGACGUUGAGACUUCUUGCAUUUGGAACAUUAUAUAAGCCUCGGUCACAAAUGCCAUUACGAAAAACUGCUACAAACGCUGUACGAAGGAUUUUCAGACAAUGGAAAAACAGGGAGAUUCGUACAAAAUUAUCGUUUGUACGAACCUUUGUGACCGUAGCAUUAAGUGAUCAAACAGACUCGUGAUUCAGCCUUUUCUAUUUCAUCAUACUGGGAAUCAUCACUCAGUCAGAAUGUGUAUCCAUCCUGCCUUGAGUGACAACUCUUCUUACAGAACUCUGGUCAUAAUGGAUUAGCCGCAGGGUAAAGGAGCAUACAUUUGUCUACACUAUCUACUGAUUUUGAUUAAUUGCAUGUGAUCUAUUGGAAUUACACCAUUGAUUUUGAACAUGAAGUACCCAGAAUUUCUCAAAUUGCAAGUGCUUACAACACAUGCUCGUGUCACGGAAAUCUACUGUUGACAUCAAUUUACAAAUUAGUGUCGCUACUAGAUUGUUGGUCAACUGUAUAAACCAAUAUUUUAGUGAGCUUAGAUUUUCUCAAUAAUAGGGAUAGAGACAUGAUCAUCUACACAGGCCACUUUCAAUAUAAGUUCCACAUGCAUUGUGAGUGCAGUUUUGUCCCUGAUCUACAGGUACAUUCAUGACAAAGACACCCUCAAGAAAAUGCUGGCUUUGCAGUAUCCCAUGCAUUCUGCUGCCUGAUCAAAUCAAGUUCCUAACCCUUGAUUAAGUGUGUGUGUGUGUGGGGGGGGGGGGGGGGGGGGGGGGGUCAAAAGUGAAAUGUACGCAAAUGUAAGUCGUUGAAACCUGUUUAUAUAAAGACCACUCAAGGAAGACUCCCCCCUCCCACAGAAAAGGGUCAUAUUUGUUUCUUUAAAGGCAGGUGGUCUUUAUAUACAGGUUUCUCUAGGACAUGGUUUAGUGUAAAUCAGUAUCAAAGUAAGAUGCUUUAAAGGCAUUGUUUAACAAUGUUUCCAGUUUUACAAAUCUGAGAUACAUGGCCCUAUGUGUUAUCAGUGUCUAUGAUAUGGUGUAAUAUUGAAUCCCUUAAAAAAUUGCGCUUCAAAAAAGUAAAAAUCUUUGAGUGACCGGUUUUACCAUAAUCAUUUUCCCCAAUAGACUGUUAUAACAAAUGUUAAAAACAAACUGUGUGGCAAACAGUUUGUGAUAUUUCUAAAUCCAAUCAUAAAUAUCUUGAUAAUCAGACAGGUGAUCAGCUUGUAAAAGUCAUGGGAUUCCUGACUGACGUAAAGGUUUAUAAUUAUGAUUACAGCAUGAGCUAAAUCCAGGAUUUCAUUUAGAAUCUGAGACAAAGAUACCCAAUCCCUUUAAUAGGCAAGUGGACUUUCUAUACAGGUGGUUGCUAAAGCAGGUUUGACUGUGUACAUGACCAACCUUGCAGUAGACAGAAAGCUUGAGUCUGCUGUAUUGACAUUGUACUAUUGAGUCUACGUUUGGCUCUACUAACUGCCUUUGCAUAUGUAUGGGGAAGGUUUACAUGUAAUCAUUUUCAUUAAAGAGUUCCCCGUGUGAGACAUUUCUGUUUCAAUUUGCAGCUGCUAUAAUUGUGAAUUUCUCUGUCAAUGUCUGUGUUUUGUUAUGCUUGAUGAAUUUCAGCUGAGUUUGUCUUCGAGUCAAAAUACGUAAGGUCAGUGAUGUUGAUACACAUGGUCAUUCUUUAUUCUUCCCACUCCCUCUCUCUCUCUCUCUUUCUUACCCCUUCUCUCUCUUUUUCUCUCUUUAUAUUUUGAUUUGUCGUUUCCAUCUACCAUCCAUUUCAAUAUCUCAAAUAAAAGAAGUACCCUGCCUUGGUGAAGUAUCAGUCCGUUGACCUAACUAAUGUGUACUCCUGUCUCAUGAGGAAUUUAUUUAUGAAUCCCCAAAGUAUGUCAUUUGUUUCUGAUGAUAUCAUAUGAAGAGUGUCUUUUCUUGAUGAGGAAGAAAAACUUAAAUGCUAUAAUGUGAAAAACUUGUUAAAGAUGCAUUUUGAAAUUUAUCUUGAAUUAUGAUGUAUAUUGUAUUGGUGAAAAUACACUUGUGAAUAUUUUUCAAAAUA